UAUAGUAAUAACAUUAUAUUAUUUUAAUUACAUAAUUCUUAUCAGUUAUUAAGAACAUUUCAUCAACAUAUACUUUGUAAUUGUCAUAUUGAAAGAUACGGAAUGACAAAUGAUAAUAAUCCUUCAAAUUGUGUAAACAAUUCACCAAUAUCUAUUAAACCAUCAAUGGAUAGAUGGCCAAGAUGUUCUAUAACAGAUUUUUAUUACUUGUUGCGUUUAUUUAUAUCUGAAUUAAUUGGUACUGGUACAUUAUGUUUUGUUGCUGUAUUAUAUAGUUUCCCACCAACUACCAAUCCAGUAUCUGAUUGUAUUAUUGUAUUUUUUACAUUUUCUUGGAUUGUAUGGAUAUUUGGACCGAUAAGUGGAGCACAAAUUAAUCCAAUAGUAACUAUUGCAUUCUUUAUUACAAGAAAAAUAACAAUAAUCCAUACUAUCCUAUUUAUAAUAUCACAAUUAGUUGGUGCAAUUUUAGGCGCAUUUAUAGCUAGAAGUUUAUUGCCUAAUGAUUUAUCACAAUUAAAUAAAAUUGGUUUAGUUAUGAAAAAUCCAUUAAUAUCACAAGGUAACGCUGUUGGAUUUGAACUUUUUGGUGGAUUUGCAAUUGUAUUAGCUAUUCUAGCUACAACUGAUGAAUUUCGUCCAAAUAUAUGGACAGCUGGAUUAUUUACUAGUUUACCAUUUCAAAUGGGAGUUGUUCAUGCUUUAUUAGUUGGAAUAUUAGCUAGAUAUUCUGGAGCUGGUCUUAAUCCUGCACGGUGUUUGGGUACAGCUGUCGUUGCAAACGACUUCACUGACUUGUGGGUAUAUCUUGUUGGUCCAUUAUGUGGUUCCUUAAUUGCUGUAAUUCUUUAUGAAAUAGUCUUGUCACAUGGUGUUUCUUUACAUCGACUGAAAGCUUGGUUGACCAAUCCAAAUUUCGAUCGCAAUGUGGAUUAUACUUCUAGAAAUGAAGUAUUUAGUGAUUAAGAAAGAAUGUAAAAUCAUAUUGUCCACUGAUCAACCAAAAAGAUAUUUGUACAUAAUAAUGGAAACGAUUGUCAUGUAAACACUCACAAACUAAACAAAGUAGUUAUAUUUUACCUUUACCGUUGUCACACAUGCACAGAUAUUAGUUGAUUUCAAAUAGAAGAGAUAAAUAAACGAAAA